AUGAGCAACAAAGAAGACCCGAGCAAGUGUUGUCCCGCAGCACCUCCGCUCUCCAGUUUCACCAUCCAGUCCAUCCUAGGCAGCGGCACCUCGGAAGGAGGCAGGGAGCCCAGCUCCAAGCAGGCAGCCUCCGCCUCCGCUUGGCCGAGCAGGAAGAGGAGCCUCUCCAUAUCCUCCGAAGAAGAGGAGCCGGAUGAGAGCUGGAAACACCCCGCUUGCUUCUGCCCCGAUUCGCAUGGUCCUAAAGAAACGUGCCACAAACACCACCAACCCAUCAGUUUCACGUGUCUCAGUAAGUACUGGACCAAGGGGGAGGAAAAGAAAAGAAAAACCAUUCGAACCCUCCUUUACUUCCUAAUUAGGAAGGAUGAUAUGUAGGUGCAUCUUAUUAUAUUGGCGGACAGUGUUAUUAGGAAGAAUGCAGCGUGUUGUGUCUGUGUGUUGAAAAAAACAGCUUUGCAAGUAACCACUGUUUUAUUUGAACAGCAGUCUUUCUGAUCGCCGGGCUUUUAGGGGGCGAAAUUAACCUAGAUGACAUCAGGGAUGGAAUAGGUUGUGGGAAGCCCGGCGAACAGCGGUUUGAGCUUUUCUGCGAAUGUAUAGGGUGCAGUUUUCACGCUCUCUCAAUGCUAUUUGUUUUGGUUGUUUUUAAAAUCUGUAUUUGUUUCCUUUUGUGCGUGCUAAAUCCGGAUGUCAUACAGAUUAAGGGACCCUUUCGUUUUUAAGAGACAUGUUAUUAUCUUAUCAUGCCUUUUCCGUCCAGUCUUUGGGGAGAUCAUUUCUUUAUUAUGAUGGAUAACGGUGAUCUCCCCCCCCCCCGCACUCACCCCAACAAAAAGGCAAGAGAAGCCGGAGGUUUUUCGCAGGAUUCCCGAAUACAUAAUUUAUGAAAUGUUAAGAUAUAAAAAGUCAAGUUCUCUCGAUUCUGCAGGAAAAGGGUCGUAUUUGAAAACACGAGCACGCCCCUGCACCGCGUUGACCAAGAAUUCAGAUUGAAUUCGGUGGCGCUUAAAGAAACUCUUCCCCCCCCCAAAAAAAAGAAAGUAUGAAUACGGUGGCAGCUUUAAGCUGCACUCCUAAACAGAAUAACUUACCUGGGAGUAAAUCCCAUUAAACUCAGCGGGGCUUAGUUUGAGGUGGCGAGUAUGAGGUUGCGCUUUUAGAAUUAUAACCGAGAAUGAACUGGAUUGUAAAGGCUGCACUUGGAAACAGACUUACUCGUGAGCGCAGCACCGAUGCGAAGGAGGGCUGCUCUCCUGUGAGGUGCACUGAAGUUUUUACCUGACCUUGAAAGGACUUCAUAAAUUCCAGUUGCAACUCGUUUAUAGAAUGAUGAUAAAUAUUUUCUUAGGAAGAUAUGGAAGAACUGGAGCUCUGGAACAAGCAGCAAUCGACUCCCCGGGUUUAGUGUUUGGUGGGAUUCGUAUAUUGGUGUCGGUGGGUUGUGGUGUCUGUGUGUGCUUGUGGGGAGGGACACAUGGCCAUGCCAAUCUGAUCCGAAAGGCAUCUCCACACACCCCCUUCCUUUUUUUUAAUUUCUCCCUCCAAGGCAACCCGAAGGGGAACGGCUCGGCGAUCAGUUCCGACCGGACGCCGCCUUUCCUUUCUCCGUCCCAGCCGGACUUCAAGGAAGAGAAAGAGAAGCACUUCGGGCCGGGCUCGCCGGCUUCGUCGGAGCGGCAGCGGGACGGCGCGGAGCGGCAGGCGAGCUCGGCCAAGAAGAAGACGCGCACGGUUUUCUCGCGGAGCCAGGUCUACCAGCUGGAGUCCACGUUCGACAUGAAGCGCUACCUGAGCAGCUCGGAGCGCGCCUGCCUGGCCUCCAGCUUGCAGCUGACAGAGACCCAGGUGAAAACCUGGUUUCAGAACCGCAGGAACAAAUGGAAACGGCAACUCUCGGCGGAACUGGAGGCGGCCAACAUGGCCCACGCCUCAGCCCAGACUCUCGUGGGGAUGCCCCUAGUUUUCAGAGACAACUCUCUCCUCAGAGUGCCGGUUCCCAGAUCCAUCGCCUUCCCGGCUCCCUUAUACUACCCAGGCAGCAAUUUGUCGGCCUUACCUCUUUAUAAUCUCUACAACAAGAUCGACUAUUGA